GAAAGAAGGGAGGAAGCAUCAUCUUUGCUCACACGCACGCGCGCAGUACAGCUAGGUUGGCUAGAUGUCGAGGGAGCAGAGUAAACUCCUGCCAAGUCCAUUAGCUAACACAUUUAGCUAAUUUACUGAAGGAAACACCUUUUUAUUAUAAGAUUAGAGCGCUUUAGUCGACACCUGACGGAACUCCGCGCUGCUGCUGUUUAUUUCCACUGUUAGUUACCGGUUAGUUGUAUGUUGGAGAUGGGCUUGGGUUUGUAUGCGGGUGAACGGGCGCCUCCUGUCAGCAGCAGAUAACUCCGUUUACCGAGCUGAAACUCUGAGAGGAAGCUGUAAUGAGGGACCGGCUGGCUGAACUGAAUGCGGGAAGGGCCGGUGAUGAUGAGGAUGGUAGCGUUGCUGUGUCUGUGGACAGAGGAGGCUUCAUGGAGGACUUUUUUAGGAAGGUGGAGGAAGUCAGGGGUGUCAUUGAUAAAAUCUCCUCCCAGGUGAAUGAAGUGAAGAAGAAACACAGCACGAUCCUCUCAGCACCCAACCCUGAUGAAAGGACUAAAGAAGAGCUUGAGCAGCUGACUGCUGAAAUCAAGAAAAAUGCCAACUUGGUGCGGACCAAACUCAAAACUAUGCAACUGUCUUUGCCUCCAGAAGACCAAGCCAAUCAUUCCUCAGUGGACAUCCGCAUCCAGAAAACACAGUACUUUGUUUUGACUCUGAAGUUUGUGGACGUGAUGACCCAGUACAACACGACCCAGGUUGCCUUCAGAGAGAAAAGCAAAGGCCGAAUCCAGAGACAGCUUGAGAUCACUGGAAAAACAACCACAAAUGAGGAACUAGAAAACAUGCUGGAGAGCGGGAACCCGUUGUCCAUUUUUACUGCCGAUAUCAUCCCUGAUUCACACAUCAAUCGGGAGGCGCUGAAUGAGAUUGAGUCAAGACACAAAGACAUCAUGCGGCUGGAGUCCACCAUCAAAGAGCUUCGUGAGAUGUUUAUGGACAUAGCCAUGUUGGUGGAGACACAGGGGGACAUGGUGAACAACAUAGAGAAAAAUGUGAAUAACUCAGCGGACUGUGUAUACAAAGGCAGCGAAGAGUGUAAGAAAGCUGUGCGGUACCAGAAGAGAGCCCGCAGGAAAUAUAUCAUUUUGGCUCUGAUUGCACUGGUCAUAAUAGCUGUGCUUGCACUAAUCGUGGGUCUGUCUGUGGGCCUGUCGACAAAAUCCACUAAAACCCCUGCCUCCUCCUCCUCCUCCUCCUCUACUACCACUCCAGCCAAUCCUGCAUAAGCUUGCUGCCUUCAUUAACACCAACACUGACCAAUCGCAGAGCAGAAAAGGGUGUAUCUUGCCAUUUGUUUAGCGUUGUGUGCUGUUGUCGUCAUCCUGGUCAUCGUUGGAGUCUUUGCUCGUUAGGCCAGAGCCCACAACCAAAGAGCACACUCCUCAGUUCAGCUUCUGUUAAACUAUAAGCUUUGUCUACAGCGUUUUUCAGUCUAAUGGCUAUUUGAAGUGUUCUUAGCAUAAAGUUAAAGCCCACAGACAAGUGCUGCAACUCGUUGUUCUUGUCAAACAAAAUCCUCAAACAUAUCUUAGAAAAUGACAACCUUUAUAGGAGGAAGAAAAACCCUUUGAACUUUUAGUGGAAGUCAGUUGAAAAUGAUUUUGUCCCAAGUCAUUUUGGGGCAUUUCUAUUGGUCCAGUAAAUUUCAACUCCAUUUAAAAGAAUAACAACUAGAUUCGUAUUGUCAUAUAGUGAAAAAUGCCCCAAAAUUUUGAUUACUUGAAUUUGAUUUUAAUUUCACUUGCAUACAGACAUAAAAACAACACAUUUAAAACUAAAUACUGCCUGUUGUCUUCUGCUAUGUCUGUUUCAAGUCUGUGUACUGUACACAAAUUACUGUUAUUGCAAUAACUGACCUUAUGCUACACAUAUGGCACUACAUUUUGGGUUACAAAUGCUGGACUUUUCCUUUAAGCCUAUAAUGCCUUUUGUCUUUUCCUUCUUUUCUAAAGAAAAUAUGCUAAAAUUUAUUUAUAUAGGCUUAGAGGAUGAAAUCAGCACAACCAAAGCCUUGUAUACUUUGAUAGUGUGUUUUAAAGUUGACUUAUUUGUUUUUUGGUCAACCUUAGAUUUGGACCACGCCUCCAGAUUUGGGCUGUUUUACACCGUGAGCCUUUCCUAAACAUAAGAAUAGCUCUACAGCAGACCUACAGUAAUAUUUCCAUUGUUUUAGUUUUACAAUGCGUCUUCACUGUCAUGCAAGAACUAUGUAUCUGUGUUAUCUGUGUUAUCUGUGUUUCUACAUUUGAAACCUUUUGACUUGAUGACAUGAUGUGAAUCUGAUGGUUGUUCUAUCUUUUUACAUUAAAUGUUCUGAUGUUUUUUUCUUCUUCUGUAAAUUUGGCAUUUUGGAGAUUUUAUGUUUUUGCCUGACAGUGAUAUCCAUAUUUUGUUUGUCACACAUUGAUGUUUAAUGCUCUCAUGUUGCAGCAGUCUCACUCUUUCUCUUGGUGUUUGUUUUAUUCAAUGUUCACCAUGAGUAGUAGUUGUAUAUGUUUUGUUUCUGAACUGUAAAACCAAUGUUUGCACAUUUGAGUAGCGUAAUGCUGCGCUGAUGUCGCUAAUGCUAUGAUGUGUAGUUUUGGUUGCUGCCUCUGCUCUGAGACGUCUGACUGAAGGAGGUCAACACAGUCCAACUAAGCGCUCUUAAUGUUCUCCUUGUUCUCAAAAUGUUUACCUUAGCAAACAAAGAAAUGUGUAAUGUUUUGUUGUACCUAUUUUAAAGAGCUAAUAAGCAUGGAGUUUAUGGUUGGACAGUUGCCAUGUUCACAUUUUGGUGGUUUAUUGUUUAUUAAGUUAUGAUGGCUUACUGUGCUCUUUCAUUUCAGUUUUACCACUACAGCCAAAGUAAAAUAUCCACAGUUCACAUUUCACAUGCAGUAUCAAAUGCAACUGAGCAGGUGUGUUGGUGCACAGCUCCCUCUAGUGACCCGUUUAUGUUUAUGUAACUGUUAUUGCUUACUCAUAGGAGCUGUGCCUAUGGGGGUUGUAAAAGAUAUAUGAAGCAAAUAUUGAAGCAUAAAAUGCUAUCAAACUAUUUUUUAAUAGCCACCAGAUAGCACUAGUAUGCAGAUGACAUAAUUUCUUCUCUAUAAACUGUAUGUAUGAGAUCAAUUUGA